AUGGAAUACAAGAAUUUUUGAAUAGUAAAUAUAUGACUGAAGCAGGACCUCUUGAUUUGAUAGAUCAAUCUGGAGAUCUCAGUGAUUUAGAAGAUAGACUUGAUACUAAUUUACCUGGAACUCAGAAAGGAGACCUUUCUGUACGAAAGACUCGACCAGAAAUUCGUACAAAAUGUGUAAAAUUUUCACCAACAGGUAGAUCUUGGGCUGCUGCAUCAACUGAAGGUUUACUUAUUUAUUCAUUAGAUGAAUUAUUACUUUUCGAUCCUUUUGAUUUGGAGAUGGAUAUUACACCAAGUUCUAUUCUGAAAACAUUGAAUUCUAAAGAUUAUUUGAAAGCUCUCGUCAUGUCUUUUAGACUUAAUGAACGCUAUAUAAUACGCCAAGUUUAUGAAACUAUUCCGCCUGAUGAUAUUGAAUUAGUUGUUAAAGAUCUACCUGAAAAAUACAUUGACAAAUUUUUUAAAUUUAUUGCUGUUAAUAUAGAAGAAUCACCACAUCUUGAAUUUCAUUUACUAUGGAUUAUCAAAUUAUUAACUAAACAUGGUAAAUAUUUGAAACAACGUUCAAAUGAGUUUUCUACUAUACUACGAUUAUUACAAAAGGGAAUCGGAAAAGUACAAGAAGAUAUAGCAAAAUUGUAA